CUAACGUCACCCGCAUGUCACAAAUUCACAAAUGUCAACUUUGGAAAAUUGUGAUAAACAAUUUGGAAGUGUAACUUUAAUUACUACACAGUUGAUUUUAUUUCGACGAUUACAGUAAAUACCGCGAUGUGCUAAACAUACGAGAUGUCAAUGCCUACGCAUUUGGUCAAUACAAAUAAACCACCGAAAAAUCUAAAUUAGAAUGGCCGAGGGUCACAGCAGUGACGAUUCUGAUCUGGAAAACCUAAAUGAGUUUGCUGGGGUGUUGAGUAAAUGGACGAAUUAUAUACAUGGCUGGCAAGACAGAUACAUCGUAUUAAAAAACGGAGCAUUAUCAUAUUACAAGAGUGAACAGGAAUGCGAUUAUGGAUGUAGAGGAGCCCUGUCACUUGCAAAGGCUGUUAUAAAGCCCCAUGAAUUUGAUGAGUGCAGAUUUGAUGUUUCAGUCAAUGAUUGUGUCUGGUAUCUCAGGGCGAUCUCCGUAGAGAGCAAGCAGAGUUGGGUUGAUGCUUUAGAAUCAUUUAAGGUUGAAUCAGGAUAUGGUACUGGUUCUGAAAAUAGUUUAAAACGUCAUGGAUCGACAGUCAGUCUACAGUCCAACACAUACAGUACAGCUUCUGGUAGCAGUUUUAAGAGGUCAUCCAGAAACAUCAAGGAGAAAUUAGCAGAGAUCGGUACAUUCAAGGAUAUUUUAUGCAGACAGAUCGAUACUUUGCAAGGAUACUUUGAUCAUUGCGUGGACCAGAAUGCGACAAACGGACUACCAGAAAAAGAAAACUUUCCGGUGGUGGAUUUUAAAGGAGAGGCAAUAACUUUUAAGUCGACCACAACAGCUGUGAUAGAAACGUUGGAACAUUGUUCAGAUUUGAUGUCUCAACGAGAAGAGUCGUGGCGCAAACGCCUCGAUAAAGAAAUUGAAAAACGUAAGAGGGCCGAGACGCUGUCCCAAUCCUAUUUUACACAGAUCCAGAAGAUUAGGAACGUUCAUCCCGGACCAGAUUUGGAGGAGGGGCCUCAUAGCGUCCUGGCAGAUGAUGAAUUUUACGAUGCGCUAGAAUCGGGACUAGAUAAAAUGGAGGAAGAGCAGGAAUUGCGGGACAGAUUAAAAACUGGUCCAGUGGUACCUGUAACUCCUCCUCCUACCUCACCAGCCUGUCAACAUCGGUUAUGGCCACAGAUUGAAAAUGUUGUGAAGUCCCAAGUGAAUAUGGCUAAAAUGGGAAUAGGAGAAUGCGGUGCUGGGUGGCAACUCUUCGCAGAAGAUGGUGAAAUGAAAAUGUACAGAAGAGAAGAAGAAGUAGACGGCAUGGUAUGUGAUCCACUUAAGGCUGUUCAUGUAGUUAAAGGAAUUUCUGGUCAUGAAGUUUGUCACUAUUUCUUUAAUCCUCAAUACAGAUAUGAUUGGGAAUCCACUUUAGAGCACAUGACAGUACUAGAGACCAUAUCGGAAGACACAUUAGUGUUCUUACAGACUCACAAAAGGAUAUGGCCAGCUAGUCAACGAGAAGGUUUAUUUUGGUCGCACAUAAGGAAGUUACCCAACGAGAAAGAUAGAGAUGGUCCCGAUAUUUGGACGGUUGUCAACAAUUCUACAGAGUAUUCAGAGCACCCUGCAAAUAACGGUAAAUGUGUAAGGAUCUUCUUAACAGUAUGCCUACUGUGUCAGACGACAGUGGAUCCUCCAAAAGAUGGUACAACUUUAACAAGAGAUAACUUAUCUUGUAAAAUAACGUACUGUUCUGUAGUUAAUCCUGGUGGUUGGGCUCCAGCUUCCGUAUUGAGGGCGGUGUACAAAAGGGAAUAUCCAAAGUUUUUAAAACGCUUUACAGCUUAUGUUAAAAAUCAAACGAAAAAUAAACCUAUUAUGUUUUAAUUAUGUCAGGGUCUAUUUUACUACACAUCUUUGUUUAUUGUAUAAUUAUUAAUUAUUAAAUAUUUAAAUUUC